AUGGCGACUUACACGCACGCCCCCCAUCGGCCAGCGAAGACCGACGGCAGAUUGUCGCCUGGGACUAGGCUGAUUCGAGCAAAGGUCGUGUCCACGGGCAAAAGAGAAGCGGAAUCGCGAGACCAGCCACAGCAGCCCAUGUCCCUUUACCAAGGCCCCAAAAGAGCAAAGGCACUGUUUACCCUCGGUGGAUACGAUGCUGGCCAACCUGCUGCUACGAAGGACUUGCUGCGCUCGUCCUAGCAGAGAACCUGGUCCAGGUCCCGGCGCAACCGAGCUGUCGAACGGGAUGCCGAUAUCCGAUUUAACCCCCCUCCCCAUCUCUUGGCCUCGACGCCUCUGCUCCAGUCUAGGCCCCAUCCAGCCAGCGCAGACUGCCUGUGCGCCCGGAGAAGCUGGGACCGGCCUGAAGAAAAAUAAAAUGGAGCAGGAAAAAG